AUGUCUCCGACACCACAAAACCGCCAACACCUCUCCUCGACAACAACCCUACUGAUCCUCGUCUUCCUGAUCAUCUGCCUCUUUCCCAAUUUAUUCCACUUUCUCUGGCAGCUUCCCCUCACGCUCCUGGGCUUCGCAUCUUCCACGCCGCGCAGGUCAACCCCACGUCAUACCCCACCAUCAGCGACAAUGACGGGCUCUUGGUUCCAGAAGCAGUUCACGCUGCCAGCGCGCUCCCGCGGUUCCUACCUCAUCACAGACGAGGUUGUGAGCCAGCUUCCCGAGCUCAAGAACUACAAGGUCGGCAUUCUGCACCUGUUUGUGCAGCAUACGAGCUGCGCUCUCAGCCUCAACGAGAACUGGGACGACGAUGUCCGGGCCGACAUGAGCGACGCGCUGGACCGCAUCGCACCCGAAGCCGGCCCCAAGGGACAGGAGCUGUACCGCCACAGCGCCGAGGGUCCUGAUGACAUGCCCGCUCACAUCAAGAGCGCUCUGGUGGGCGCAAGCGUCACCAUUCCCAUCAAGGACGGCAGACUCGCUACGGGAACGUGGCAAGGAAUCUGGUACCUGGAGUUCAGAGCCAGCAGGCACCAGCGCCGGCUCGUCGCCACCAUCCAGGGAGAGCCCAAGGCAUAA